CGCCUCCUCAAGCCUCCCUUUCUCUCUAUUUAUGCUUUCACUACUCUUACUCUUUUUCUCCCUGCAGGCCUCCAUCUUUUCUUUUACAUUUCCUGGUUUCAUUUAUGGGGAACUGCCUGACAAGUAGCAAGAUUGUGUCACAAAAUGCCAAGUUGGAGCAACAAAGUGAAGCAGAUCAAGAGCUCAUGAUCGAAGAGACUACAACAUCCUUGGUGUCGUCCAAGAUAGAGCGCCCUAAACAUGCUGAAGGUGGCAAGGCCAGGAUGGUGAGGUUAGGAUUAGAUGAAGAGGUUAAUGUUGGUAAAGAUGGCGAGAUGGGUGAGACAACGACAUCUAAAGGUGGUGGCGCUGUGAGGAUUAGGGUUUUGGUAACUAGAGAAGAGUUAAAGCAAAUCUUGGAUUUUAGGAAGAACAUAAACUACUCUUCUGUGGAGCAAAUGAUAGGCGCGUUGAGGUUGAGAGAGAGGAGUACUGAUCAAGUUGGAGCAAGUAGUGAUGGCGGUGUGAUCAUGAGUAGCAGCAGCUGGAAGCCGGUUUUGGGUAGCAUUCCAGAGGAGCGUUAACGAACAUGUAAUCAAUUUGCCAUUAACUCUAUUAAUUUAUCCCUGUAAAAGCAUCUAUACUUCUUGUUUUGAGAAUUUAGUACAAACGGUAAGGGUUUUUUUCUUACUGGAUGGUCAUCAACUAUAGAGGUCCAACUGCAAGCAAACCAGUGUAAUUGCAGUAAAUAACUACGGGUGCAUCUUUCAAACUUUUCGAUAUGAA